UAAUAUUUUGUUUAAUGUUAACACAGACGUUGUUUACGUACAAAAAUUCGAAAAGUCGAAUUUACAAAGUGAGUCUUACGAAGAAUUACUUUGGAAGAGCGAGCAAAAUGGUUGUUAUCCAACCGAGUACGGACACUUUCGAGAGCUUCAAAGAGGAGAUAUUCAGACGAUUUCCUGAUCUGAACCAAAAAUUGGAACUGUUUUAUGAAGAUGCCGACUCCGACAAAAUCACAAUCAUCGUCUCUCAGAAUUUUGAAAUAUUUAAACAACUGAACAUUGACGACGUAUCGAUUGUUAUCACAGAUCUUGAUUCAAUGACGUUUUUUGUUAAGAACGAUGAUACCAAAUCAUCGUCAUUGUCACAAAACAAUGGAUCACGUCCAAAUGUCGAUGCAACUGUAAAGGUCGAAAAAGCUGAAGCAGUGAAAACUAAAACUAAAAGAAUGUCAUCACAAUCGUCAGUUGAACCAUCGCCAUCGGCGAAACGAGCCAAAACACUAAACGAAAGUACCGGACGCCCUCGGAUAAUUAUGUCUAAACAGAAAUCGUAAGUUUAUUCUCCAAGCGGAAACUUCUAUCAAUUAUUUUCGUAACUUCUCUUCGAUUUUAAAAAUUCUCUGAAUUUUGUGAAACGCAGUUAAUUGCUUCUAUGAAUUUCUAAAGUUGUUCUCAUAAAGUUCUGAUAAUGUUGCAAAAUGAAUAUAAAGCAGAUUAAGAGCAACGAAAUGAAGUGGUCUCAUCUUUGUGUCAAAUCAAAUUAUGUUAAUUAUGCGCGAUUCCGGCGAGGAUUAUUUAUUUGAGAGCGAUUAGAAAAUGCGUCCUUCGUAUAAAAUAAUAUAUUUCAGAAUGAAUAAAUGAUUCCAUUGCUGAUUCUCAAAUUCCAGUUUCCAUAAUUGAUUCCCUUUUAAAUACCAUGGCUAAUUCUGUGACCAUAACCAAUUCUAACCAAAUCAAUUAAUUCUGAAGAAUUGCACCAACAAAUUCGUAUAACAAUAAUCUCUUCCGAAUCAGCUCCUACAUACUGCACUAAUUCUUUUUCGUCUAACAGUAGCAGCAUUCUGUAUUUCCAGUUAUUGUAGUUCGUUCCAUUAAAUAGAAGGUACCUCGUCGUACUUUUAUCGUCUUCCAUUCUGCCUUUACUUUGUGAUCUGGGCCCAUAACCUGUUAAUUAUGCGCGAUUAUGCGUCCUUCGUAUAAAAUAAUAUAUUUCAGAAUGAAUAAAUGAACAAUUUCAAAGUUCAAAGCAUACUAAAACCAAUACCGUUUGAAGGCUUCUUGAUCAUUUCAAUUACAUCAACCAACAAAUUAUACGAAAAAAUAUCUACCGAGUCCUUAGACGGUAAUUGUUCUUUUCCACUCCAUCGGCUUGCAAAUUCUCUGUUCGACAGUAAACGGAGAGUCAAACAGAGUAAACGCCCGGGUAGCUCUACUGAGGAAUACUCUCUGAAUCGUGAAAUCGGCUGCUAGCAAUCUUACAUCAUUCCAUUAAAUAUGAAUAUUUUCAAUUCCAUUUCUAAGUUCUAUGGUGCGCACUCACUUCAAUUUUUCUGAUUUAGUUCAUCAUGAAACAAUAAAAUCCGUGAGUAGCGUUAAUUAGAAAUGAAAUUCAAAAUGUUUUAAUAUUUAACGAACGGCGGGCACGAGACUCAUCUGUCAUCUAUACAUCAAGUUGAUUUCUAAGUUUUGUUUCUUUGUUCGUAUUAACAAGACUGUAGACUUGGGGAGGUCAAUACUAAAAAUUCACCGCGCCAUAAAAAUUCGAUUUUGGUAAAUAAAAUGGUGAUUUGUGUGAUGUCCCCAAAGUUUACAUCCUUGGGGAUUGAUACAUUCCCGAUUUGUUACAAAAAUGAUCAAUUCUGUAGUUAAAUGAGACCUUGUAAAACCAUAAAUGCAUACCACAGCAGCUCACAGCUCACAAAAGCGACAGAUCAAAGAGACUAAAAAUUUAUCAUUUCUGCGGGUUUCGUUGAACAAUAAGUUGUGUGGUUUAGUUAAAUCUUAAAAAUAUACAUAAGUACACUGAGAAUUUAUGACUGUGAUAUUACCCUUCGUCAAUUGUAUCAAUAUUCGUGCAUUCAAUACUUUAAAGACGUUUAAUAAGACUUAUCGUUAAUUGGUCAUCAAUUUCGUCACAGUACUGCUCUUAUCACAAAAGUCUCCAAAUUUGACCCUUGUCAAUUCAGUGUAGGAGCAGUGCUGUGAUUUCGUCCGGGUCUUCAAGUGAAUUGUUACACAAGUAUUGACGCAAUAGACAUCAA